UUUAAGGGUUUAAAAGGGUUGAGAGGUGAUAGAUGGUUGAUUUAUGAGUGUUUAUGGUGUUUUUAGUAUUGGUUAUGCUUGGAUAUCUUUAUUAUGUCAUUAAAUUUAUAAUAAAAUCAAAAACCUUGCAAUAAGUCCUUCUUACUGUACCUCUUCUCAUUACCUAUAAUUGUACUUCUUCUCACCAUUUUCAUCAUAGCUUCAGAUAACUCCUAAUUAUGACGACCCCAACACCCCAAAUCCUCAGCAAACACAAAACUAUUAUCAAAGUAAAGCCGAGCAAGAACAAGCAAGAAUCAUCUUAACUUUUAGAAUUAAACGAGAAGAAAUGUUUAUUCUCAGCCGCAAAAUCCAGAAGAUCAAAUAAGGGAUCAACUCAGAAAGGCAAUGAAGUUAAUGACUCUUGUCUGCUUAAUAAAAAGUUAGUUGCUUGAGCACAAAAUCUUAAAAAGCAUGUUUCUCACCAGAACUCAAAAGAAAGACCAAAAGUAUUCUUCUCAAGGAGACCAUCAAAGCAUCUCCAAAAGCAAAAAGACUGUUCAAAAGAGCAUCAAGACUAUCCCAACGAUCAAACAUUAACAUCAGGUAGUAAGAUAACAGGAGACACUAAGAGGACAGACACAAACAAUAUCCCCGAAGACACCCUCAACAUCACCCUCAACUCCAUCCCAGACUCCCUCAACAGUUCUGACUACUUCAAUCGUGAAAGCCUCCAAAACCUUCCAAGCCACCAAUACCUCCAAAACCGCGACCACUUCCUCCGCCCCAGCCACCCCCAAAACUCUGUUCUAAAAGCGACCAACUAUUCCGAACAAAUCCCAGCUCUUCUUCAAAAAUAAAUCGCAUUUUUAACAGCUGCAUCAGACAUAUAAAGACAGGCCUGAGCUCUCGGAGGUCAUCCAAAUCUGCUUUGGGGAUGAAAGUAUUGAGCCAGUCCCACAAAGGCAGUCGGAAUAUUGCCUUAAAAUCAAGCCUCACUUCAAAAAUUACACAAUCUUUUCAAAAGAAUUCACGCAAAAAGAAGGGAAAUAUUAAGACCAAAAGAGUAAGCCUCACAAUCUUGAGAUCUGAAGAGAAGUUAAUUAUUUUUAGAAAUCAUUUACCAAAUAAACGAGAAAUCUUGACUGAUAAACUCUCUAAUAAGCUGAAUUCUAUAUAUUUCAAAUACUACAAAUCAGGUUAUGAGCCUUAUGAUAAAGAAAAGGAGGAAAGCCAAGAGAGAUCAUCAAGCAAGAUGUUUACUCCUAAACGUUCUAAAAAGUCUAUAAAAAAGCGUAGAUCAAGCAAGAAAGUUACUAACCCAAAGCAUGCGAGUGGGAAGUUAACUUCCAAGCUUAAAAGUGUGAUAAAAACCCUGAACAAAUAUGAAAAUUCUCUCCGUAGUGAGAGCCAAUAGGGAUGAGAAGGCCUCUCAAACUUCUGGCUUUAAUAAUCUUCUAAAUUAACAAAAUUACCUUAAUUUAGUUCCCAAAUUAACAAAAUGUGGUAAGCUCUGAGAAUAGCACUCGGCUAAGCAUCUGCUUGUACAGAGUUCUGGCUGGGACGACUCAGGGAAAGGUUAUAAGAUCUUGCUUUGGGAGAGAAG